AUGGAUGACAAUAGGAAUGAUAGCGAUGAUGAAGAGUUGGAGACAAUUGUCAUAUUUGUAGGGUUAGUAUUAUACUUCACCGAGUUUGAUCCAUUGUUUCAAGAACAUUGGCCAUGUUGGUCAUCCUCACUUACAGGCCACAAAUACAUUACCGAUCUGAUAAAGGGGAAUCCUACAAAAACCAUGGCGAUUUUGAGGAUGCAAAAAGGUGUGUUUGUCAAUUUAUGCAACGAGUUAACCACAAAAUAUGGAUUGGUUACUACACGUGAGCUUGGGGCGAAGGAGAUAGUCACAAUCUUUGUUUAUAUUGUCGCACAAGGUGUUGGUAAUAGAACAAUGCAGGAUCGUUUUCGACACUCUGGUGAAACAAUUCAUAGGCAUUUUCACAGUGUACUAGAAAGCCUAUAUCGCAUGUCGAAAGAUAUUAUCAGGCCACGUGAUCCAGAUUGCAUCGACGCCAUUGAUGGUACACAUAUACCUACAGUUAUUCCACAGGACGCACGAGUGCCAUAUAUUGGAAGGAAAGGGGUGACUACUCAGAAUGUGAUGGCCGUUUGUGACUUCGAUAUGUUGUUUACAUUUGUAUGCGCGGGAUGGGAAGGUUCUGCACAUGAUUCUCGUAUAUUUCACGAGAUACUUGGCAAUGAUAAUAAUAAUUUCUCUCAGCCUCCUCAAGGUAAAUAUUAUUUGGUCGAUGCCGGUUAUCCUAAUCAACGGGGAUAUCUUGCGCCAUAUAAAGGACAAAGGUAUCACCUUGAAGUUUUUCAAAAUGGUCUGGAGCCUCAAGAUCCCGGCGAGGCAUUCAAUCGUGCUCAUUCUUCGUUUAGGAGUGUUAAUGAGUAG